UCGCCUGAGAAAUUUCAAAAUCGCAGCAAUCGCUUUAUUGUUUCCCCCUUUAAUUAAAAUUGCUCUCGCGAUUUUAGAUAGAUUUUCUUGGGGGUUUCGUUUUGAUGGCGGCCAAUUCGCAUCGAGGUGGUGGUUCCUUCUACGGUGAUGCUGCUCCCUAUCGAUCAAGGAUGCAGAGAGGGGCUUAGCACGAGACCGGUUGCUGGUUCAGAUGAAAUCCAGCUGCGGAUCGAUCCUAUUCACGCCGAUUUGGACGAUGAGAUUACUGGUCUCCGUAGCCAAGUUAAGCUAUUAAGAAAUGUGGCUGAAGAGAUAGGAUCAGAAGCAAAAUUUCAGAGGGAUUUCCUAGACCACUUGCAAAUGACUAUGAUCAAAGCACAAGCAGGCGUGAAGAACAACUUAAGGAAGUUGAACAAGAGCAUUGUCCGGAGUGGUUCAAACCAUGUCGUCCAUGUGGUCCUCUUUGCACUAUUAUGCUUCUUUAUUGUCUAUCUGUGGUCCAAAAUGUUCAAAAGAUAAGCGGGAGCAAAAAUACAGUUCCUUCCUGUGUAAAGCCUUCCCAUAUAAUUCUGUCAUUUGUAAUGAUAUCUCUGACGGUGGUUUAGUUUCCUCUACCAUGAUUAGAAUAUUAUGCUCUUUAGUGCUCAACAUAAAUAUUUGCAUAUUAUUCAACGAAUUACACGAUUGUACCAAAAGAAAGCAGAGAUCUAUAGAGUUCUUCUUAAUGAGAAUUUGUGCUCCAAAAGCACGUAUUUCUUGAAUGAUAAUGUGGCUUGGGAACAGAACCAUUGGUGGAA